GCGGGGGGACCUGCCCGCUGGCCUCCCCCCAACGUCACUUCCGAGGCUGGAGACAAAAUGGCGCCCGAACGGUGCCGGAGCUGAGGCCGCUCCGCGCCGCUCCGAGCCGGGCCGCAGGCGGCGGCAGCGGCGCAGGGCUCAUGUAAUCAAAGGAGUUUCUUUGUUGUGUGUGUCUUUUCAGAACACAACAGGAAUUCAAAAUGAAUCAGAACACAACUGAAGCUACUGUCACUGUGGAGACCUUGGAUGACGUACCUGAGCAUGUGCUUAGGGGGCUUCCCGAGGACGUGAGGCUCUUCCCAUCUGCUGUUGACAAGACACGGCUUGGUGUCUGGGCAACAAAAUCAAUUUUAAAAGGCAAGAAGUUUGGACCAUUCAUUGGUGACAAGAAAAAAAGAUCUCAAGUUAAGAGCAAUGUGUACAUGUGGGAGGUGUAUUACCCAAACCUGGGAUGGAUGUGUGUCGAUGCAACUGAUCCAGAGAAGGGGAACUGGCUGCGGUAUAUAAACUGGGCACGGUCAGGGAAGGAGCAGAAUCUGUUUCCUCUGGAGAUCAACAGGACCAUAUACUACAAAAGUUUAAAGCCAAUCGCGCCCGGCGAGGAGCUGUUGGUGUGGUACAAUGGGGAGGACGACCCGGAGAUAGCCGCCGCUAUUGAGGAAGAACGAGCCAGCGCCCGCAGCCGGCGGCACUCCCCGAAAGCCAAGAAAGGAAAGAAGAAGUCUCAGGAAGGUAAAAAGGGAAAGAAGGCAGUGGAUACAAAACAGAAAAAGGCUGAUUUGGAUUCUACUGCUGCAGAUAUGAAGGACUCUAAAGAGGGUCACAAAGAGGAAGAUGAAGCACCUUCUGUUUCUGCUGUACUGUCCCUGGAACAAACAGCCGUAAUUCAGGAAAUGGUAAAUCAGGAUGUACUUCCAAAGCUGAUGAUCCCCAGUCCUACCAGUGAACCACAAACGGUAACUGAAGAUAAACAAGAAGAAGCAAUAAACUGUGCAUCAGAUGAUUUUGAUGAUGAAGAUGAUGAGGAUGAUGAAGAGGAGGAAGAUGAAGAGGAGAUAGAAGAUACCAGUAUGCCUAAAGAAAAUGCUGAAAUGCCUUUGGUAUGUGAAGAGAAGAUAGACUGCGUGGAAGAGCAAAAGAGUACAUCAGAAGAAUCUCCAGAAAGCUCUCCAAAGAAAAAACUGGUUGUGAAAAUUCCAAAAGCAAGAGGUGAGUCAAAUGGGGAUGUUCCAGAAACAUUCAUGUUUCCCUGUCAGCAUUGUGAGAGGAAGUUUACAACAAAGCAAGGACUUGAACGCCACAUGCACAUCCAUAUAUCUACUGUUAACCAUGCUUUCAAGUGUCGAUACUGUGGGAAAGCCUUUGGUACUCAGAUUAACAGGCGAAGACAUGAGCGACGCCAUGAGGCAGGGCCAAAAAGGAAACCAUUCUUAACACUAACGUCCUCACAACACUUGGAUAAUGUUGCUGAUAACCAAGUAAUUGUGGAUGAUGGUCUUAAAGAUGACCUGAAUGUUUCCAGUCUUGUGCAAGACUCUGUUGUCUUAGAUUCUGAGAAGGUUUCCCAAGAAAUGUCAAACUCUGCUUUUGCUGAGGAAAAUAAGGAGCCCAAAGAAUUACAUCCAUGCAAAUACUGCAAAAAGGUUUUUGGAACUCACACCAACAUGCGGAGGCAUCAGCGUAGGGUUCAUGAGCGUCAUCUUAUUCCCAAAGGUGUCAGAAGAAAAGGAUUCUUUACUGAAGAGCCACCACUUCAGACAGAGCAGGCCCCACCAGUCCAGAGUGUAUAUAUAGCAAGUACAGAAAUAGAAGAGGAAGGUGAGGUAGACGAUGUCUAUAUUAUGGAUAUUUCCAGCAAUAUCUCUGAAAAUUUAAAUUACUACAUUGAUGGUAAAAUUCAGUCCAACAGCAGCACUAGCAAUUGUGAUGUGAUUCAGAUGGAGUCCAACUCUGCAGAGUUGUAUGGGCUAAAUUGUAUCAUCAGUCCAGUCACAGUGGAAAUUUCCCCAACUUUAAAGGUUACACAGACGCAUGUGAAUGAACCUCCUAAGGAACCCUCUAGCAAUGGGAGCAAUGAAUCCAAAAAGAGGAGAACUGCCAGCCCUCCUCUUGUACCAAAAAUAAAAACUGAAAUAAACCCAGAACCUGUAACUCCUACUAGUUCCUUAAAUCUGCCUCUCAGCCUUUCAACAGAAAGCUUACCUUUUCAGAAAGAAAAAGGUGUUUAUUUGUCGUCAAAAUUAAAACAGCUUCUUCAGACACAGGACAGUAAGAAGAUAAAUCCAUCAGGAGAGAUCCCUAAACUGGGACCUUCUGUUACAUCUUCACCUAUUUUGCCUUCAGUAUCCAGUAGAUUUAAAAGAAGGACCAGCUCCCCUCCCAGUUCUCCACAGCACAGUCCAGUACUUCGAGACUUUGUCAAAUCAGGUGAGGGAAAAACUGUGUGGAAUGAUAAUAUUCGGGGUUCAAAAAUGCCAAAGUUAGAAAGCCACAGCAACUCACCUGCUUGGAGCUUGACUGGAAGGGAGGAGAAAGAGACUUUGAGCCCUCUUUGCUUUGAAGACUAUAAAAUAUCAAAAGACUGGACAGCAGCUCCGACUUUUGGCAGUGUGUGCAACCAGCAGCCACUGGAUUUAUCUAGUGGUGUGAAACAAAGGUCUGAUACCAAGAAUAAGAAUCAGGUUCCCUGGGAAUCUGUUUUAGAUUUAAGUGUGCAUAAGAAGCCUUGCAAUGAUGCUGAAAUUAGGGAAUAUAAAGAAAAUUCCAUACAGCCAACCUGUAGUGGUGUUAAAAAGAAGAAACCAACCACUUGCAUGUUACAGAAAGUUCUGCUGAAUGAGUAUAAUGGGACGGAUGCAGCCACAGACAGCACACUCGGGGUGAACAGGAGUGUGAGCCCGAACAAAUCCCUGGAGCCUCAGACAGAACCUGACAUGGAUCCCCGUCUGUCUGCAUUGUCUUCUGUUGACGCUCAGCCCCUUAGUUCUUCCGUUUCCCCUGUUCCACAGGCAUCUGCUGUACCUUCCAUGUGCCAGCUGCCUCCUUUGUUAACACCAACCAAUCCUCCUUCCCCACCUCCCUGUCCACCCAUGUUAACAGUUGCUACAUCGCCUCCUCCCCUCCUUCCCACAAUGCCCUUAUCAAUUCCAGAAGCCUCUGCCAGUGCCACUAACACUUCUUCUUGUCCAUCGCCACUCUCUAACACUACUACCCAAUCCCCGCUACCAGUUCUUUCACCUACAGUUUCUCCUUCUCCAUCUCCUGUUCCUUCUGUUGAACCUCUUAUUUCUGCUGCUUCACCUGGUCCUCCUACACUCUCUUCCUCAUCUUCCUCCUCAUCUUCCUCCUCUUUCUCCUCUUCUUCAUCUUCGUCAUCUCCAUCUCCACCUCCUCUUUCUGUAGUUUCUUCUGUUGUUUCCUCUGCUGAUAAUCUGGAAAAUACUCUCCCAAUAAUAAAACAAGAAGAAGCUGAAACCGAACAGCAGAAAGCAAGAGAAGAUCCUCAUACUUCAGGUGAAUCAGGAGUAGUGCAGGAAACAUUCAACAAAAGCUUUGUGUGCAAUGUCUGUGAAUCACCUUUUCUUUCCAUUAAAGACCUAACAAAGCAUUUAUCCAUUCAUGCUGAAGAAUGGCCCUUCAAAUGUGAAUUCUGUGUACAGCUUUUUAGGGAUAAAACAGACUUGUCAGAGCAUCGCUUUCUGCUUCACGGGGUAGGAAAUAUCUUUGUUUGCUCGGUCUGUAAAAAGGAAUUUGCUUUUUUGUGCAAUUUGCAACAGCAUCAGCGGGAUCUCCAUCCAGACAAAGAGUGCACACAUCAUGAGUUUGAAAGUGGGACUUUGAGACCCCAGAAUUUUACUGACCCCAGUAAGGCAAAUGUGGAGCACAUGCAGAGCCUGUCAGAAGAUUCUUUGGAACCUUCUAAAGAGGAGGAAGAUGAAGAUCUGAAUGAUUCCUCUGAAGAGCUUUAUACUACUAUAAAAAUAAUGGCUUCUGGAGUAAAAUCUAAAGAUCCAGAUGUUCGUAUGGGUCUCAAUCAACACUACCCAAGCUUUAAACCACCUCCAUUUCAGUAUCACCAUCGUAAUCCUAUGGGGAUUGGAGUUACUGCAACAAACUUCACUACCCACAAUAUUCCGCAGACUUUUACUACUGCCAUUCGAUGCACAAAAUGUGGGAAGAGUGUUGAUAACAUGCCUGAGUUACACAAACACAUACUGGCCUGUGCAUCUGCCAGUGAUAAAAAGAGAUACACACCUAAAAAGAAUCCAGUACCGCUCAAACAGACGGUGCAGCCCAAGAAUGGCAUGUUGGUUAUAGCUGGCCCUGGGAAGAACGCCUUUAGACGUAUGGGUCAGCCUAAAAGACUUAAUUUCAAUGUUGAGAUUAGCAAAAUGUCCUCAAACAAACUCAAAAUCAGUGCAUUGAAAAAGAAGAACCAGCUUGUCCAGAAAGCUAUUCUGCAAAAAAAGAAAGCUGCCCAGCAGAAGGCAGACUUGAAAACUCAUCCGUCCGAGUCAGACCCUCACAUCUGCCCCUACUGUAAUAGAGAGUUUACUUACAUUGGCAGUUUGAACAAGCACGCAUCAUUUAGCUGCCCCAAAAAACCCAUCUCUCCAUCUUCUAAAAAGAAUUCUUCUAAAAAGGGUGCAAGUCCUUCACCUGCAAGCAGUGAGAAAGGCAGUAACCAGCGCAGGCGGACAGCAGAUGCAGAAAUCAAAAUGCAGAGCAUGCAGCCUCACCUGGGCAAGACCAGAGCACGCACCUCAGGACCUGCCCAACUCCAGCUUCCUUCUGCAUCCUUCAAAUCAAAACAAAACGUUAAAUUUGUACCUUCCAUUCGCUCUAAAAAACCAAAUUCAUCAUCGUCACUGAGGAACUCUAGUCCUGUGAGGGUGUCCCGAAUGUCCCACGUUGAUGGGAAAAAGACUAAGGGGGUUGGUAAGAACAGUUCCUCUGGAAUCUCUAGCAAAGCCUCCCGGAAAUUGCACGUCAGAAUACAAAGGAAUAACAAAGCUGUUCUGUCAAGCAAGUCUGCUGUGGCAAGUAAGAAAAAGGCAGACAGAUUCAUGGUGAAAGCUAGGGAGAGGAUUGGAGGACCUAUUACACGAAGCCUACAGCAGGCGGCAAAUGCAGAGGCAGCAGAAAACAAAAGAGAUGAAAGCAGUACAAAGCAAGAACUGAAAGAUUUCAGUUACAGGCUCCGCAUGGCCUCUAGAUGUCCUUCCUCCUCUUCGCAUAACACCAGCACCAGGCAGUGCAAGAAAUCCAACUGCAUCGCACCCCACUUCCUUAAGGAAUAGACUCUUCUGCAUGUCCAACCACACCAGGUACUAAGAACUUGGAAAAGGUGAGGUGAAGUGAUCCUCAAGCAUUAUCCUUUCCUGCUUUUUCUCACACGAGGUGAGACAGGUCCCUCAGCAGGUAACAGGGACAGUAGUUUCUUCUGCUGGAAGCACUGGCUUGCUUGCUGUCACAUCGUCCUUCCUUCCAGAGGGAGAGAGCACAGAGCAGGCCUCCUGCCUUCUCCAGAGAGUGAUGAGCUGUGGCUGCUGGUGAGGGGUGAUCUCGGGGUCCCCUGUGCAUGGAGUCCGCAUGUCCCCAUCCAGCGUCGAGAAGUGUUCAGACACUUGCAGGCAGAUGAAGCGUGUUCAGAGGGUUGAUGGGUCUGGAUGAGUCUCCUCCUCCUGGUGAACACAGAGGGGUUUAACAUACUAUGCAAUUCAAUUCUGAAAAGACUGUUACAUCCUUUUAGUUCCUGCUUUACAUCCUAACGGGUAAAGAAUGGGGCAUCCCAUGGAAAUCCAUGAGGGGAGUGGUAGGUUUUACUGAGGUUUCCACAUCUGAAGUCUGGGGGUAUCCCAGUCUCUUGACUUUGUACCAUUAGCUUUAAUGGGCAUAAUGCCAUUGCUUUCCAAGUGGGUCAGGACCCACUAGUUUUUGGGAAGUCCACCUGUGAAGUGCACUGGUCACCCAGUUUCAUAAAGGGAUAAGCAUCCAUUUCUCAAAAGCUACCAUUACAUUUGUUGCCGGCCUGGUGCUCCUGUCAUAGUCAGGAUUGAUUUAUUUAGAGUAUCAAACUUGCAUGUUGCUGUGCAGUACCAAGUGACAUCUCUCCUUAGAUACAGAGCUUGUGAUUGCAGCCCUCAAUGCAAGCAUGUUCUGUUACAGUGGUCCAGCAGAGAGGACAUCCAUGAAGGUAGCUGGCAGCCAGGAUAGACAAGUUGCAGAACCACAUGGGUCAGUUGGUAAAACACAGUGCAAAAAAGGUCUCUUACCUCUUGUUCCAAAAUGGUGACAAUCACACACUGGUGCAUCAUCUACCAGGGGUGCUUCCCCAGACCCCUUCAUCUCAACACAAGAUGAAGGAUUCCUUCUGUCAAGAUAAGUUACUGCAGGAUCCCUGCUAAGGUAGCAUCCGGGUUUGGGGUUUUUCAAGGAGUCCAGGGGGGUGAUUGCCCUCUUUUCCCCUAUUUCAGCCAGUUUAUUCCUCUCCUUGCCUUUGCACUCCACACAGAUAAGCAUACAUCUGUGUAUGCACAAGCUAGGUAAGAAAAAUUAAGUGCCCGGUUGAUACUCCUUCCCUGGAAAAGUGAAAAAAAAGAGAUCAAUUUUAGAUAUAUCUUCAUAUGUAUAUGACAUAUAUAUUAAUAUAUAUGUAUGAAAUUACUGAAAACAGUUAAUUUUGUAUAGUUUUGCUGAGAAUCAAAUUGUUCAACAUGAAUCCAAAAGCUUUAAACAAGAACCAUUGGGUUUGUGCAUUGUGAAAUCGUUUUAGCUACAUGUUGUUUGAGUUGGAAAGAAAAGGUCUUCAGGAUCUUCUAUUACCCAGAUACAGAUUUUUUUGGAUAAACCCCUGCUGGAGGCUUUCUAAGUGCAAUUGUGGUUUGGGGGAAGGCUGAGCUGCUGAGAACUACAUGAGCCAUAAAAAGCUACAUCCCUUUCCAUGUUGGAAGUUCAAGACUGAUACCAUUGAGUGCAGGCUUUGUGGGGGGAGCCCCUGCCACUGCUGGCUGCUCUGGCUCUAGGAUUUGUCCCCUCUUGAGCUUUUUCUGCUAGCAAUAAUUUCCUCUUUCCCUAUGUGAUGUAGCAAUCCCAAAAGAAGGCUGAAACUGUUCGCAGUAGCCUGGGAAGACUGAGAUUCUCAUCAUCCAUCCAAACCAGUUGGAAGCGAGUAUCCAGAUCUGCUUGGCAGCUUGGUAAACCGUGGUCAAAUAGCACAGAAAUCAAGUUCCUGGCCUUAGGCGUAUCUCAGAGAAGCUGGCGUGUACAUAGAGCUCCCUGAUCACUUCAGCUCGCUUCAGUUUUGCACAAGAUGUCUGAAGUUUUAAUGUAUUUUCUCUCCAUGUUUUCUCCUUCCUCUCAUCAUCUAGUACUAGUAUGGUAAACCCUGUUCUUUCAAACAGGAAUUCUCUUCCUGCGUGUGUGGACAGCAUCUAGAUCAUCUGAAAACUGAAUAUACGGAGCUAAUAAAAUCUAGCUCCAGUCUCCUCUGUCUUAAAGCACCGGUAUGAUGUUCCCUUGCUUUCCUGAGUGCAGAGAUCACCCUGAGUGUAUAAACGUUCCUUGGUCACACAAGGAUUGUUGCCAGGGAAGAGCAUUCUUGCCAUGCAGCCCAAAUCCUGCUUUGAACGCUCCGUUCUUCUGAGAUCCCCUCAACUUCCAGCAACAGUAAGUGAAAUUCAGUACAGAGUGUCUGGCACGGAUGCUGCUGAGUUUAGUGCCUUUAAGGCAUACCAAUGAGGUUAGAAGAGGUCGCUUUUGUGCAAUUUAUUCUUGCUGCUUUUUUUUAGUGUGGUAUUAACUACAGUAACGGACAAACUCAAGGAGAGAAGUGUGUAAAUUGUGAUAUAGGAACAUUUGUUUUCCCCAGAGGAACUCUGCUUUCUCACAUCAGCCUGUAAAUAUGUAUUUACACUUUUCAAAGCACGUCUUUAUGUCCUUCCUGGUUGUAAAUGCUCUGUUUUUACAGUUUUAUAACGCGGGUUACUCAGCCAAGAGACCGGAGCACACAGCUUUAUAUUGUACUGCUCUGUCUGAGGCGUCGAAGCUGGGGCAGAAGAAUACCCACGCCACUGACAAGAAACACCCCAUGGUUGCACCAGACUUUUCCUUGUUUUCCCUCAGAUAACAAAAGCAGGAGGUUGGGGGGGGGGGGGAAUUGCUUUUUCUUGCAGAAAAGAAGGAUCAGUUCAAAUGGUGUCAUUGCUCUGCUAUUUAUCCACAGUAAAUUCAGGAAAGUUUGCCAUUUUUUAUUGCCCAAGGCAGAUUUUCACAGUUUUGCAGCAAAUUUUUAAGCUCCCCCCGUGCCUGCUGCUGAAACGUGGAAUUUUGCUCUUGACCAAUAUCCCAGGUUCUCAUGAAAAUCCAAGGAGAGGGUGGGGAACAAGCUCAGGUUUUGCAUGUAGGAAUUAGUGACACCGGUAGCUCCGCAGUGCUCUCGGGACAAGGCUGAUACUGAGAUGCUUAUACAGAAUCAACCGUGUGGAGAUGUGGUGGAACCUGGUUGGUUUGUGGGUUCUGACCAUUCCUCUGAGGGCUGAAAGCUCUGUUGUCUGUCUGCCGUGUAAAGAAAAAGAACAAUAAAUUCAUGUGACAAACAGCA